UUGACUUUGUUUAACGUCUUUCCACAGAUGGCAUCAGGCUUUCCGUUUGCUUUGUUGCUCUGUUUGUCCAACGGACUGUUGGCUGCAUCUUGUUAUGGACAAACCUCCUGCCCAGGUCCCUGCCCUCCUGGUUGGACUCAGUUCGACUCUAGCUGUUUCACUUUCAACUUCCAGGGAAAGAGUUGGAUCGAUGUAGAGAUAUUCUGCUUGUCCCUCGGUGGGAAUCUAGCUUCCGUCCACUCAGAGAAGGAACAUUCCUUCCUCAGAGACUUCAUUAAGAGAGUGACCGGUGCAAAUAUAACUUCCUGGAUCGGAGGCUUUGAUCUCCUCCAGGAGGGCGUGUGGCAGUGGACUGAUGGAUCCAAAUUUGACUACAAACAGUGGGGUCCGGGGGAGCCUAACAAUAGAGGUGGAGCUGAGCACUGUCUUGAGAUGAAAUUUAAAGAAAAGUUCUGGGAUGACGAGCAGCGUGAAAUAAUACUUCCUUUCGUGUGCUCCAAGGACCUGUGAGGCCUCCCGCCAUCAUGAUCUCACUGCAGCUCAUCUAUAAUCUCUAUCAUUGAUUUCACUUUCAGUUUGUUCUGCAGACAGAAACAGGUCUCCGCUGACAGACUCACUUUCACUUGUUUACUAUCUGAAGAGUUAGGAAACGAUUCACUUUUGUGUUUUAACAUUAGAAGGAAACUGACUCUCUGAGAUGGACAAAAACAUAAUCACUUAUUGGACAGAAAACAUUUGAAUACUCUAACAUCUUUUCCAUUUUAGUUUACUGAAUAUUGUCUGUCAGCUCUGUCCAAAGGUAACAACAUCUACCUACCAGACAUGAGUGGUGACGAUCUUCACUUCAAAAUUGUCCAAAUAGAAAAU